ACAAAACAAAUACAGAUGUUAAGACUAGGCAGAGAAAUUUAUAAAAAUCAGCGUAAAUUAUAACUCAUCAGUUCUUCACACAACAUAAAGCAGACAAGACAAGAAAUGAAGACGUAUCAAAUAUUUGUAAUAUUUCUGAUUUUCAGUCUAACACCAACAAGUUUUGGCAGAAACACACCAAAUCUAUAUGCUGUCGAAGAGCAAAUACGCACUGAUACAUCACCUCGUAAACCAGUUUUAGUUUAUGCUUUCGACAAUCUCGCUUCGUUAGGCAAAGAAUAUAUUGCCAGUGGUGCACAAAUCUCUCGUAAUAUUCUUAAAGAUGAGGACCUCGCCUCAAAUGAUAAACCUGAAGUAGAAAUCUUUAAAAAUAAUUUAAAACAAUUUGUUGAAAAAUAUGAUAACUCUAACAAAGAUGUACAAGAAAUUUGGAAUUUAAUAGAAGUUUACGGCGAUAUUUGGCAAAAAUAUUAUAAAAUGCCCGAAGAGAAGAAGUCGCCAGAAGCGAAAUUUAUUUGGAUUUAUUAAACAAAUACGGUUGUGAAAAUAACAAUAUAGAAUAUGCCAAUAAAUUCCAUGUUUUUUGCUGAUGGCCUUGUUAACAAGUUUGAAGAGUCUAAGGAUGAGAUAGAUAAGGGUUCGUUGAUAUGGUUGGAGCAUUUUAAGGCCUCAACUAAAUUUGGUGAAAAAUUCGCUGGCGUACUGGAAUAUGUAAUAACAAUGGGUUAAUUUAGCAAAAAAUCUGUGUAAAAUUAAUUUGAAUAAAAUAAAUAACCAGAAGAAAAA